AUGAUGAGACGGCCAACGAAGCGCCACUUGUUUAUGUUUGUGAUUGUGCUGUGUAGUAUCCUUGUUCCGCCCGUCGCCGUCGCGAUUCGGUUUGGGAUUGGCACGGACUUUUUUAUCAAUGUGGUUCUCACUAUCUGUGGCUACAUUCCCGGACAUGUGCACAACUGGUUUAUCCAACGUGUACGCAACAACAACAACAGGGACCGCACACCGACAUGGUUGAAAAAGACGGGGCUCGUGGUAAAUCCGAGUAAUUCGGUUUCAAAUUCUGACACGGGCUGGGCAGAGCGGUACCGUGAUAUGCGCGCCCCGGUUCAGCACGACGAAGAGGGCCGUGCAUAUUACGAGAAUCCCGAGACAGGCGAGUUUGAUCGGUCUGCACCGAUCCGCCACAGACCGCGGCAAACCGCUGUUGCAGAAGAGGACAGUGACGAAGAAGUGGGUCCUAGCGAUGGGCUUGCUGAGCCAGACCGCUACAUCAACCGUCCCACGAAAUCCGUCUCGUCUCAGCCUCCGAUGGAAACGCAGGCACGCCCACAAAAAUCGCUCAAAUCGCGCACACUCAAGUUCUUUGGCGCGAACUCAGGUGCAAGCAGUGCAUCAGGCAUGGACCGGCAUGCACGUAUCGGGAGCGCAUUGGAUCCAGAGCGUGAUCCUGUUUUGCAGCGUCGACAAAAUAUGGGGUACUAUGACGAGCUCGAUUCCGAGCUCAACGCUCUGCCAUCGUCCUCGAUCCCAGUGCGCCGUUCGCCCUCACCACCACCUGCACAUGCACCGACCCAUACCAUGGAUGCGCUAGACCGUGAGCUUAUGGGCUUGUCUGUACAGACGGAAAUGCCGCCUGUGCGUACACGGAACAAGCCAUCCGCUGUUCUGUCUCGCACGCGCGCGGCGCAAAGAUCCUCUGAAGAAUACACGUCCCAUACGGACAACCACUCUGAUGCACUCGAGCGCGAUAUCAUGGACACGCACCAUGAGUUUUAA